GAGUUCAAUCUUAUCCAACUCAUAAUGGCGAGUGCUAAAAUCAAAGCGCGGCUUCCUCUGUUGCUGUUGCUGGGAAUUCUUUUCCUGGUUUCUGUCUCCCUUGCCACUGCUUCCCGGCAACGGGAGGACCCCUGCCGUGAGCAAGGUGAAGAUGAACGACAGCCAUGGCAACCUCGCCGUGAGAGAGAGGAACAUGGCCGUGAGAGAGAGGAGGAAGAUGAAAAAGAGUCGAGGCGACCAUCAUGGGAAAGAAAAGAGCGAACAAGAGAGUGGAGGCGAGAGAGUGAGGAGAGGGACACACCUCGUCGACCACACCGUCAGAGUGAAGAAGAGGAGAGUGACAGACCCCGUCGACCACACAGGGAGAGCAAGGAGAGGCCUCGUCGACACCAGCGUGAAAGUGAAGAAGAGGAAGGUUCAUCUUCUUCUUCGGAGUCCUCACGGAGGAGCCAACGGAGGAACCCCUUCCACUUCAGGUCUAGCAGGUUCCAGACUCACUUUGAGAAUGAACACGGUCACGUUCGUGUCCUCCAGAGGUUCGAUGAGCGCUCUAAGCUGUUUGAGAAUCUCCAAAACUAUCGAAUCUUGGAGUUUAAGGCCAAACCUCAAACCCUUGUUCUGCCCCACCACAAUGAUGCUGAUUCCAUCAUUGUCAUCCUAAGUGGGAGAGCCAUACUUACCAUAGUGAACCCCAACGACAGAGACUCCUACAACCUUGAGAGUGGCGACGCACUGGUAAUCCCUGCAGGAGCCACUGCUUAUUUGGCUAAUCGUGAUAAUGAUGAGAAUCUCAGAGUGGUCAAACUCCUUAUACCCAUUAAUAGACCUGGCCAAUAUCAGCCUUUCUUCCCCUCAAGUAGUGAAACUCAAGAAUCCUACCUCAAUGGGUUCAGCAGAAAUAUUCUAGAGGCUUCCUUCAAUGCUGGAUAUGACGAGAUUGAGAGGGUUCUCUUGCAAAGAGAAGAGCAGAGAGGCGAACAGAGCCAGGAACAGGGUGUGAUAGUGAAAGCGUCACAGGAUCAAAUUCAACAACUGAGCAGGCAUGCCAAAUCGAGCUCAAGAAAGAGAAGCUCUUCUAAAUCUGAGCCGUUCAACUUGAGAAGCAGCAAGCCAAUCUCUUCCAACAAGUUUGGUAAGCUCUUUGAGAUCACUCCAGAGAAAAAUCAGCAGCUCCGAGACUUGGACAUCUUGCUCAGCGAAGCUCAGAUCAAAGAGGGAUCAAUUUUCCUGCCACACUACCAUUCAACCUCCACACUGAUACUGGUGGUUAAUGAAGGAAGAGGAGAGCUUGAACUUGUGGCUCAGAGGAGGCAGCAGCAGAGAGGACAAGAAGAAGAGCAGGAAGAGGAACAACCACGUAUUGAGGCUCAGAGGUUCAGAGCAAGGUUGUCUCCUGGUGAUGUUAUAGUGAUCCCAGCAAGUCAUCCAUUUGCAGUAACCGCUUCCUCGGAUCUCAAUUUGCUUGCCUUUGGUAUCAAUGCUGAGAACAACCAGAGGAACUUCCUUGCAGGCCGUGAUGACAAUGUGAUAAGCCAGAUAGAGAGGCCAGUGAAAGAGCUUGCAUUCCCUGGAUCUGCUGAAGAAAUUGAGAGUCUGAUAAAGAAUCAGAGGAACUCCUGCUUUGCAAGUGCUCAGCCUCAGCAAGGGGAGGAGGAAGGACGUAGUGGAAAAAAAGACCAGCUGUCUUCAAUUUUGGGUGCUUUUUUCUAAGUAACUCUAUGUGCCUGUCAUGUAUGUAAUGUAUGCUGUAAGAGCUCAUGGUGAGCCAAAAAUAAAGUAGUAGGCUCUUCUAACUAAAACUAAAG